GUAACAAAAACCAUAAACACCACAACACACUUCUACAAACACACUCUCAAACCAAACAAAAGAAGAAAAAUGGUGAUGAUCAAGGCUUCAUGGGUGUCCCUUUUCGCCAUCGCCGCGGUUCUCCUAGUGAUCCUAGUCCCAGCUGCAGAAGCGGUGACGUGUUCGCCAAUGCAGCUGAGCCCAUGUGCCCAGGCGAUAACGUCGUCUUCUCCACCGUCAGCGUUGUGCUGCGCGAAGCUGAAGGAGCAGAAGCCAUGCCUAUGUGGGUACAUGAGAAACCCUAGCCUCCGUCGCUUCGUCAGCUCUCCCAACGCUCGUAAAGUCUCUAACCGCUGCAAGCUCCCCAUCCCAAGGUGUUGAAUACUCAAAAAGAGAAAAACCGUUUGCUAUUUGCAAUCAUCCUCCAUACGUUUGAAUCCUACUUUUGGUGUGUUUCAUAAUGAUCAUGAAGUUGUAGUUUAAGUAAGUGUUACCCCCUUGAGAAUAACAAUGUGUGAUGAUGCCUAUAUGCAUCUUAUUUCAACUUUUGUUUUUGCUGUAUUAUUCUGGUUUUUUAUCAAUGUAGAAACGUGUAAUCA